AUGAAGAAUAGACCUUGCUGGCUUGAGGAAGCUCGCUGUGGUCUUCCUUGCGGCAAGAAGCUCAAGUGCGGCACGCACACCUGCAGAAAGGAGUGUCAUCGCCCGGGUGAGUGUGAAGAUGCCGAAAUUCCUGGCUCUCAUUGCGCCCAGCCCUGCGGCAAGACGCGCAAGUCCUGCGAGCAUGCUUGCCAGGAUUCGUGCCACGCCCCUUACCAAUGCAAGGAAGACCGGCCAUGUCAAAGCAAGACCUUCAUUACCUGCGAAUGCCAAAACCGCAAGAAAGAGGUUAAGUGUCUCGCCACGAAGACGAACCCCACACCGGACCGUGACACCCUCAAAUGCGACGAUGAAUGCCUCCGUCUUCAACGUAACCAGCGCCUUGCCGCCGCUCUCAAUGUCGACCCGGACCACACUGACGACCACAUCCCCUACUCCGACACGACCCUCAAGCUCUUCCGCGAGCUCUCCCUUACGUGGGCCCAAAAUCAGGAACGCGAGUUCAGAGUCUUUGCCUCCGAGCCCUCCGAGAAGCGCCUCCGCUUCAAACCCAUGCCCAAAGCCCAGCGCGCCUUCAUACACAACCUCGCUGCGGACUUUGGCUUUGACUCAGAGAGCCAGGACCCGGAACCCCACCGCCACGUCUCAGUCUUCAAAACCCCGCGCUUUGUGUCCGCCCCGAAGAAGACACUCGCUCAGUGCGCCAAGAUCCGCGCCGACGCCGCCAAACUCACCGCCGCCCCGGCCGCAUCCUCCUCCGCGAACGCCUCCGCGGCACCGGAGCCCUUCAACGCCCUCCUCCUCACGGCACCGCGCUUCGGCCUCACGAUUGACGAGAUCGACUCCGCCCUUGCCACGCACCUGAAGUCCCACAACUCUCUCUCCUUCACAACCUCCUUCCUCCCGUCCGACGAGAUCCUGAUUCGCGCCGUACCCGUCACCUCCUGGGGCACCAGCCCCUCCGCCGUCGAAUCGACACUCUCUUCCCUCAAGCCCCUCGUCGCCCGCACGGUCACAAAGGAAGGCCUCGCCGCCGCAGCUCUCCUCGUGACCGCCGACGCCAACCUCAACGUCCUCCGUCGCGAGGGCGCCGCCGCCGCAGGUGCCGGGGGCUGGAACGCCGUCGUCGGACGCGCCGCGGCCCAGCGUAGGGUGUUCGGCCCCGCCAAGCCCGAGACGACGCGGCCCAGCAGCGGCUUCGUCAGCUUCUCCAAGCUUGCGAGGAAGAAGGUCGUCGAGGACUCCGUGGCGGACGAUUGGGAGGCUGCUGCGGAUGACGAGUGA